AGAAGAGGAGGAGGAAGAGGAGGAAGCUUAGUUGAGUUUCGAGGAGGGUCGCAAGUCUUGUACUGAAUGAAGCUGAGCCACACUGGAAAACCAAAGCUACAUUUUUUAAGAAAAACAGCAAGAAAACACUUCCUCUUCAUCACUUUUUGUUCUUUUUUUUUUUAAAAAAGAGAAGACAAGCUUGUAGAAACAUCUACUUUGUGUCUUCAGGUUUCAGGUGUUCCUGAAUGCACCAUGGAGGCGGGAAGUUGCUUCGGUGGAUGGUAGGGAGCACCACAAGUGGACGUCAACUGAAAGACCAAAGAAGAAAGGCGUGUGUGAGAGAAUGUGUCAAGUCAUUGUAACUUGCCGCUCCAUGCUGUGGACCCUGCUCAGCAUCCUCGUGGCCUUCGCUGAGCUCGUUGCCUUCAUGAGCCCCGACUGGUUGCUGGGAUCCCCGCGCUCGAAUUCCAGCGUGAGCCAUGCAGGGGUGGACUCUGGGGAGUACCGGCCCUCCCUCGGCCUCUACAGCCGCUGCCUCCGCCUGGCCACCCGGGGUGGAGGUGUUAGCUGCGGACCCUACGCCGGAUCUUUCUUAGAGGUGGCCAGUGGCUUCUGGCAGGCGGCCAUGUUGUUUCUGGCCGGCGGGACGCUAGUGCUCGGGGUGGUGGCCUGCAUCUCCAUCUUCAGUCUUUGCUUCCAGAGCAUCUUAAGGAAAAGCAUUUUCAACAUAUGCGGCGUGAUGCAGGCGAUCGCUGGCCUCUUGCUCAUGGUGGGUCUCAUGCUCUACCCUGCCGGUUGGGGUUCCGAGAAGGUGAUCAGUUACUGCGGACCCGAGGCCUCCCCCUUCAUGCCGGCCCUGUGCUCGCUGGGCUGGGCUUUUUACGCCGCCAUCGGGGGGACUCUGGCCGUCUUCCUGUGCGCUGUUUUGUCCGCCCAGGCAGAGAUCGCCACCUCCAGCGAUAAGGUCCAGGAGGAAAUAGAAGAGGGGAGGAGUCUCAUCUGCCUCCUGUGAGCACUAGGAGUGGACGGACUGUGGACCUUUGGUAUUCUGGAGGUAUUCUUUCCUGAUAGAUUCAUUGUAGAAAAAGACUGUUUGAAUAUUGGUUCUCAUGCUUUGUUGACAUUGUUUAGUGCAUACACUUAGAUCCACUCGAAGAGCUGCAUAGACACAUUCUUCUUAUACAAAAAAUAGGCAGCAAACAUCUUUUGGAUGCAUUGUCAUUUUUCGGUAACACUUUAGUAUGGGGAACACACAUUCACCAUUAAUUAGUUCCUUAUUAGCAUGCAAAUUAGUAACAUAUUGGCUCUUAAUAAGUCAUUAUUAAGUACUUAUUAAUGCCUUAUUUCUGCAUGGCCUUAUUAUACAACCAGUAAGCCAUUAACUAAGAGUCUUCUCUCAAUAACCUCAGAAUUAUUGCUUAUUAGUAACCCUAACCCUAACCCUACCACUAAGCCAGGGGUGUCCAAAGUGCGGCCCGGGGGGCCAUUUGCGGCCCGCAGCUAAUUGUUUACCGGCCCGCCACACAUUCUGCAAAAAUUGCAAACUUGAUAGUAUUGCAAAAAUUAAAAAAAACAUUUAAAAAAGUGAAAUGAGGUGAAAUCUAACGAUAAAAAGUUGCAAUGUUGACACAAAGCUGCCAUGCAGGCUGUAUUUUUUCCUUUUGUCUUUCUUUAUUUUUCUUUUUUUUUGUCAUUGCUCCAAAAAAAAAAAUAAGACAAAAAAUCUAUGUUAUAAUAAAUUAUUGACCUAUUCAAGGCUCCAAUUACUUCAAUAAUGUCACUUUAAAAUGUUUUAUGUGGAAAAAAUAUUGCAUACAUUGUGUGGUUGCCAUAUAAAAACAUCAAAGUUUCCUUUGACAAAAGAGCAUAAAAACAAACAAAAUAAUAGUUCAAACGUAAAAUCGACAGAUAUAUCUGAAUUUGAUCUCGUAAGUUAAGUGUUGAAAACCUUUUUUUUUUUUUUUUUACUUUUUAUCAACCUGAAGUUGAUAUAGAGAUUUACUGUAAGCGUUAAAUAAAAAAUAAGAAUAAUAAUUUGACUUAUUUUUAACGUUUUAAUGACUGAGACCCUUUAUGGUCCCCGGGAGCCCUAAAGGUUAAAAAAAAAAAUCCAUAUAUUUUGUUAUGGUUUGAAAAUAAAAAAAAUAUCAAAAUGGCCCCCGCAUGCUUAAAUUUUUCCGUGUGCGGCCCUCAGUGGAAAAAGUUUGGACAUCCCUGCCCUGACCCUAACCCUUUUAUGUUCCCCUAGUGUCCAAAUAACUCUAAAUUAACUCUUUGUUACUUUAAUAAGCAACUAAUUAAUGGUGAAUAUGUUCCCCAUACUAAUGUGUUACCAAAUUUAGUUAAUCAAUAUUGCCUCUUAAUUAGUCAUUAUUAAGUACUUAUUAAUGCCUUAUUCUGUAGGGCCUUAUUAUACAACCAGUAAGCCAUUAACUAAGAGUCUUCCCUCAAUAACCUCAGAAUUAAUGCUUAUUAGUAAACCCAACCCUAACCCUUAUAUGUUCCCCUACUGUCCAAAUAACUCUAAAUUAAGUCUUUGUUACUUUAAUAAGCAACUAAUUAAUGGUGAAUAUGUUCCCCGUACUAAAGUGUUACCCAUUUUUCUUGUCUUUAUCCCUCCCUCAAAAAAACAUUAUCAUUGCCGCUGAAAAGAAAAAUCCUCACAAAAUUAGGAGAUAAGUAUUUUUAAAAAACACACGUAGGGUGUAGUUGCUCCUUCCUACUGGUGAACUGCAGUAUCUACAAAAUAUAUACAUAACUAUAAAUGCUGUAAUUCCAGAUGGGACGCUUAUUUACUUAAACCGUAUCCCCUAAAACAAAGAGAGGCUAUUAUUAUUUCUGAAAUGUGAAACUUCAUUAUGUAUAACUAGUUAAUUCUGUAAAACUCUAAUAAUAAUGUGUCAUUUGAAAAGGGGAAAGACAUUCUAGCGCUCUUUUUGACCACAUGGUCUUUUAUUUAGCAACAGAACCAAUGUUGUGAUAGAGAUAAAUAACAAACUGCACAGUCAGCAUUGAUUAACACUUUAAUAGUAAAAAAAACAUUACGACAAGAGUUUUGACCCAUCACCAACAGAUGAAUAAAAACAAUAACAAAAAAAAACUACAGCCUUCAGCUGUUGAUGGCAAUGUUGUUUGUUCUGUAGAGCGUAGACCACACACUCGGCGACUAUAGUAGACGUGGCAAUUAAUUGAAUUGAGGUAUUGAUUAUAGCAGGGGUGUCCAAAGUGCGGCCCGGGGGCCAUUUGCGGCCCGCAGCUAAUUGUUUACCGGCCCGCCACACAUUCUGGAAAUGCUAUUGCAAAAAUUAAAAAAAAACAUUUAAAAAAGUGGAAUGAGGUGAAAUCUAACUAGAAAAAGUUGCAAUGUUGACACAAAGCUGCCAUGCAGGCUGUUUUUUUUUCUUUUGUCUAUCUUUAUUGUUCUUUUUUUUGCCAUUGCUCAAAAAAAAAAAAAAAAUCUAUGUUAUAAUGGAUUAUUGACCUAUUCAAGGCUCCAAUUAUUUAAAAUAUUUCACUUUUAAAUGUUUUAUGUGGAAAAUAUUGCAGAAAAUAUUGUGUGGUUGCCAUACAAAAACAUCAACAUUUUCUUUGACUACAGAGCAUAAAACAAACAAAAUAAUAGUUCAAACGUAAAAUCGACAGAUAUAUCUGAAGUUGAUCUUGUAACUUAAGUGUUGAAAGUAAAAAAAACACUAAUAAAAAUGUAUCACUUUAUAUGAGUGGAUGCCAAAUAUAUUUAAUGGGAUUUUAUUUAUCUUUUCACUGUGAUUACUCAAAAAUAAUAAUGAAUUAAAAUCAAUGGUGUCCUGUAUUAUUGAUCUUUUUAAGGCUCUAAUUACUUCACAUCAAACAUUGCUUUCUGAAUGUUUUGGGCAGUGGGGGGAAUACUGCAUAUUUCAGUUUUAUUAUUAAAAAAAACAAAGUUGUCUUUGACAGAAAAGGCAUAACAUUUUUUUGUUUUUUACUUUAUAUCAACCUGAAGUUGAUAUACUGAAGAGAUUUACUGUAAGCGUUAAAUAAAUAAAAAUAAUAAUAAUUUGACUUGUUUUUAACAUUUUAAUGACUUAAUGACUUAGACCCUUUAUGGUCCCCGGAAGCCCUAAAGGUAAAACUUUUUUUUUUUUAAAUCCAUAUAUUUUGUUAUGGUUUGAAAAUGAAAAAUAUCAAAAUGGCCCCCGCGUGCUUUAUUUUUUCUGUGUGCGGCCCUCAGUGGAAAAAGUUUGGACACCCCUGGAUUAUAGCAUUUACAGUGUAUGAACAGUGUGUUCAACUUCAAAUAUGUUUAUUAGUGUGGUUGGAGUUUGCGGUUGUGCAUGAGAAAAGGUAGCAUUGUUGUUAUUGUAUGGCAGAUUUUUUUUUUAACAUGUCUUGUGUGAAUAAUCGUACACUGUGCUGGUCUAAGUUGUGGCCAGGGAGUAAACACGAGUGCACAACUUUCAGUAAAAACACAGAACAGGUUGAUAUUAUUUUUAUGGUUCAGUUGCAAAGCAGUGAACAUCUCCACAUGUCCACUAGUUGUGGUCUUUACAGUCAUAUUGUUACCAACUGAUAAGUCUCCUUCCUUUGUGUGACCUUUUGUUAUACGGUUGUAGCGCUGAUUGCGGAAUGUUCAUUAAAAUAAUGCAUUGUCUGAUUGCCAAAAAGUCCCAAUGCUAAACUAGAAGUGUGCCUUCUUAUUGUUUUUCUUCAUCCUAGAAGGGGAGGUGUGCAAUAAUGAAUUUUUUGUGAAAGUUUUUAUUUGCAUUGUGAAUGGAGUGCAGAGGGGAAUUACAGUUUGUACAGUUUGUACCUCGAAUAAAAUCGAUCUUUAUUAACAACA